AUGUCCCUCGCCGCGGCGUCGGCGAGACGCCAUGUGCGAUGGCAGGCGAUGCUGCUGCAGUCGCAGCUGAUCGCCCAGCGAUCGAUCCUUUGCAGACCAACACUGGACCGAUCACAACCGUUCGCCACCUCGCUGGACCGCGCACACGAUCACCCAGUGCACGGUAUCCCUUUCCUCUCUCCCAAGCCCCCCGUUUCCCCGCCAUUCCCCCCGCCCCACGCACCCCUCGCCUCGACAGUGGCAGUAUCCUCGUUACAAGAUCACUCACCGGCAGAAUACGACAUCGCCCUGUUGAAGAAUAGGAGACUAAGCAUUUCAUCCGCAAACGUGUUUCCGACGGCAGUUGCCGGCCAGGCGAUGCCUGACCGUCAGGCGCUACCAGCUAGCCGGCAGGUCGUCCCGCACCACGUGCGCGCUGUGCAAGUCGUCAUCCCUCAACUCACUUCUGCGCGGCCACUCUCUGGGCGGUCCGAGGGGGAAGCGCCAGUGACGUGGGCGAGUCUGGCGCUGCUGCUGCUGACGGGAGGCGCACUGCUGACGUACUUUGAGAGCGAGAAGCGCAAGCGACUGGAAGCUGUGAGAGAGUUGAAGCCGGUGGGCAAGGCGGCCAUAGGGGGCCCGUUCACGCUCGUGGACGGCAAUGGAAAGGCGUUCACAGAGGCGGAUCUUAAGGGGCGGUGGGCGCUGCUGUACUUUGGGUUCACCUUCUGCCCGGACAUCUGCCCCAGCCAGCUCAUCAACAUCGCCCAGGCUGUCGACCUCGUGGAGAAGCAGGUGGGAGUGCAGGUGGUGCCGGUGUUCAUCUCAGUGGACCCUGAGCGAGACACCGCUGAUCAGGUCAAGGAGUACGUCAAAGAGUUCCACCCGAGAAUGAUCGGCCUCACAGGCACGCCAGAACAGGUGAAAGCAGCAGCACGUGCAUUCCGAGUGUAUUACAUGAAGACAGAGGAGGAGGGGUACGACUACCUCGUCGAUCACUCCAUCAUCUCGUAUUUGAUGAGUCCGGAGUUUGAGUUUGUUAAGUUCUUUGGCCGCAAUCACACGCCAGAGGGGCUGGCAGACGGCAUAGCAGGGGAGAUCAAGGGCCAUGGCAAGUAG